AUGGCGACCAAGAAGCCCAAUAUCCUUUACAUCAUGGCCGACCAAAUGGCCGCGCCCUUGUUGUCUCUGCAUGACAAGAACUCCCCCAUUAAGACCCCUAAUCUGGAUCGCCUCGCCGACGGCGGUGUGGUCUUUGACUCCGCGUACUGCAACUCACCUCUCUGUGCUCCCUCACGCUUCGUAAUGGUCAGCGGCCAGCUGCCCUCCAAAAUUGGUGCAUAUGAUAAUGCGGCCGAGCUGCCCGCGGAUACCCCCACGUAUGCCCACUAUCUGCGAAAGGAGGGAUACCACACAGCUUUGGCUGGAAAGAUGCACUUCUGUGGCCCGGACCAGCUUCACGGCUAUGAACAGCGCCUGACCAGUGAUAUCUACCCCGGUGAUUACGGCUGGUCUGUCAAUUGGGACGAACCUGACAUCCGUGCCGAUUGGUAUCACAACAUGUCUUCCGUGAUGGAGGCAGGCCCAGUCGUACGCACCAAUCAAUUGGAUUUUGAUGAAGAGGUAAUCUAUAAGUCAACCCAAUAUCUGUACGACCAUGUUCGUCAGCGCACUGAGCAGCCUUUCUGCUUGACUGUCUCCAUGACUCACCCUCAUGAUCCUUACGCCAUGACCAAGGAGUUCUGGGACCUGUACAAUGAUGUCGAGAUCCCGCUUCCCAAGAACGGAGCUAUCCCCCACGACCAGCAGGAUCCGCACUCGCAGCGCGUGCUGAAGUGUAUCGAUCUGUUUAACAAGGAGAUGCCCGACGACCGCAUCCGUGCCGCACGUCAGGCCUACUAUGCCGCCUGCACAUACGUCGAUACCAAUAUCGGCAAGCUGCUGCGCGUUCUUGAAGACACCGGUCUGGCUGAUGAUACUAUUAUCGUUUUCACUGGUGAUCACGGUGACAUGCUUGGCGAGCGCGGCCUGUGGUACAAGAUGACCUGGUUCGAGAAUUCGGCUCGUGUCCCUUUCCUCGUCCACUCACCCAAACACUUCGCUCCGAAGCGCGUAUCCGAGAACGUCUCCACCAUGGAUAUCCUCCCUACAUUCGCCGAAUUGGCAGGCGUUAGCCUCAUCCCCGGACUUCCCAUGGACGGCGUCUCCCUCGUCCCGUAUUUGACCGGCGGUGAAGGCCUCCGCACUGAUACCGUCUACGGCGAGUACAUGGGCGAGGGCACCCAGGCCCCUCUGAUGAUGAUCCGUCGCGGCCGCUGGAAGUUCAUCUACUCAACCAUCGACCCACCCAUGCUCUAUGAUCUCGCCAACGACCCAGAAGAGAGAACAAACCUCGCAGCCGGCCUACCCAUCCCAUCCAGCUCCACCCGCGCAGCCAUUGCAGCGAAGCCAACCAACCUGGCCUCAGCUAUCAACCUGCCAACUCCAAAUGAAACCCCGCACGCAUCGCCACCCCGCCAAGAUCCCCCUGCAGUGCCCAACACCACGGACCCAGCUAAGAUCCUGGCUUUCUUCCUCGAUGAAACUCAUGCCCGCUGGGAUUUGGAGAAGAUCCGCCAGGAUGUACUGUGCUCCCAGCGCCGCCGCCGUCUCGUCUACUCCGCUUUGAUCAAGGGUACCAAGUCACCCUGGGACUACGAGCCGCGCGUUGACGCAAGCACCCAAUACGUGCGUAAUCAGGGUAAGGGUGUUCUCGACGAUGUCGAACUCAUCUCGCGUUGGCCCCGUGUGCUGCAGCAAGCUGCUACUGCCAAUGGGAUGUCUGUGUGA